AUAGAACAGCCCGUCAUUCAUCCGCACCGCACUAGACCUUUACAGUUUUAUGCGAAGCCCAAAAUUGAAAAUCCCAAAUCAGAAUUAUCCAGCACCGCUCUCUUUCUGCUUCGGCUUCUAUCUGCUUCUUCGUCGAGUUGUGCAAAACCCCCAAAUAACCAAUCCCAAUUCUCAACCUAGCAAUCGCAGCAGGCCUCUUCGGCUCCUCCAUCUUGCUGCCGGGAGGACGGCUCAGCCGCUAUUCAUCAAGAAUCUGCAUUUGGGUAAUUGGAAAAUGGCGAGUGCUUUAGCAAGUAAGGCAGCAUUGGGGGAUCGAAUGUCUGCCUUAUUCAGGCUGUCUUGCAGCUCCUUGAGAUAUUUGAGCACCUCUCCCAACCCAGCGGUUGCACCUGAACUGAAGAAGCCAAAUCUGAAAAAGAAGAAGAAGAAGAACCUCUUUGAGGUGGUGCAGUUCUUGCCAAACUGGGGAAUCGGCUAUCAAUUGGCUAAAACUCACUGGACCGAUGUUUCCUAUCGAAUCACCAAGAUUAAUCUUUACAAGAGUGGAACACACGGAAAGGCUUGGGGCAUUGCUCAUAGAGAUGGCAGUCCGAUUGCCGAAGCACCCAAGAAAAUCAGCGGGGUCAACAAACGCUGCUGGAGAUACAUACCAAACUCACACAAAGCUGAAGAAUGCACCCCGAAGCACGAAGUUCAGUCUGCCUAGUUUCGCUCAUAUCCUUCUUGGACCAACUGCAUUAUUGCUCAUGACUUUGAAAGUGGUGUGUGUGUAUUGGAAUUUUAUACAGGAAUUGCCUCAUAAAAUGGAGCCCUUAGCAAUCAGAUUUUAUUGGUGUUUGGUCUUUAUUAGUAUUAGAAAUGAAUAACUAAGCAUACUUGUUGUGACGCUCUUUUCAAGAAAAAGCCAUUGUUCAUAAUUGGGAAUUUGGGAUUGCAUUGGAAAAAGUAUCAUCCGCAUCAUCUUCUCAAUUUUUGGAUCACAUCAUAAUUAAAGAUGCGCCUUGUUGCUCUUGUGAAUGUACAUUGGUUUUAGCUUUCGUAGAUUGCAUAUUACUUGUUGGCAGCUGUUUUUUCUC